AUGUCGUCGUCCAGCACCAGCAUGGUCGACGUCGACACACCUUGCGACAAGGGCGCUCCUCCCACUUCUCGCGCACUCUACAAUGCAGGCACACUCGGAAAAGCACGCCAACUCGUGGGCGUCGCCGCGCUCUGCUUGGCCAUGCUCCUCACCCAGUCUGCACUCGGCCAGACCGUGAUUCCAAUCCGCAGCAUCGCCCGCUCCUUCGACGUCGAAUUUGACGAUGCGCAGCAGUCGUGGUUCGCCGCUGCCUUUUCUCUCACCGUCGGCACCUUUGUGCUCCCCGCCGGUCGUAUCGGCGAUCUUAUUGGUCACAAGUCCAUCGUCAUCUUUGGUUACGCCAUGCUCAGCAUCUGGUCCGUCAUCGCCGGUCUCACGCACUACACUGGGUCGUAUAUUUUCUUCGAUGUUUGCAGGGCCAUGCAAGGUCUGAGUUGUGCCUUCUUGCUGCCCAACUCGCUGGCAAUUCUGGGCAGAGUUUUUGCACCGGGCAGCUACGCAAAGCAUCUCAGCUUCUCGUUCUUCGCAGCCACGGCGCCCAACGGAUUCCUGACAGGGGCACUAUUCACCACUCUGGUGGACAUGAACAGCAAAAUGGGCUGGUACUGGGGCUUCUACAUUAUGGCCAUCAUCUCGAUCUUGUUGGCUGUCCUGUGUGCCUGGGUUCUCCCCAGUGAAGACGAGAUGCGUGCCGUCAGCGCGUCGUGGAAGCUCGAUGCGUACGCAGACGCUUCCGAGCUGUCGACCUCCGCCUCGAGUGACAACAUAGCCCACAAGGAAGCGCCGCUAUGGAAACGGCUCGACCUCUUCGGCACAAUUACAGGAGUUGCUGGUCUCGUCCUCUUCAACUUUGCGUUUAACCAAGCGCUCGUCGUUGGCUGGUCGACGGUGUACGUCUACGUCCUGCUCAUCGUCGGAGUGCUCUUGAUUGCCAUCUUCGUCUAUGGCGAGGGUAAGGCGCUUUAUCCUCUGCUCCCCACCAGCGUCUUCAGCAGCGUCUCGGGUGUGAUCAUCUUGAUCUGUCUCGGCGCAGGCUGGGCCAGCUUCGGCAUCUGGGUCUUCUACCUGAACUUUUUCCAACAACUCGUUCGAGGGUAUAGUCCCAUCUUUACCGUGGUCACCUUUGUCCCUUGCGGUGUGGCAGGGAUUGUUGCGGCGUUUACCUCUGCGCAGAUCCUGGGGCGCACCAGUCCGGCGUUUGUCAUGCUGCUGUCACUGCUCGCGUUCUGCAUCGGGACCUGUCUGGCAGGGAACGCCCCGGUGCAUGUUGGGGCACUGCCGUAUGUUUCGUCGGCGGUCAUGCCGUUCGGGAUGGACAUGUCGUUCCCGGCAGCGAGCAUUAUCCUAAGCGAUCUGCUACCGGCGCAUCAGCAGGGCACGGCGAGUAGCAUUGUAAAUACCGUCGUCAACUACAGCAUCGCGUUGGGGCUGGGUUUUGCAGGUGUCGUCGAGACGCACGUCAACGAUGGAGGCAGGAACUCUUUGAAGGGCUAUCGUGGGGCGUUCUAUAUGGGCAUGGGUUUUGCGGGCGCCGGUGUCGCGCUGGCGCUCGUCAAUUGGGGUUUGCAUUCCUGGCAGAGCCGAAAGAGCCAAGCUGCUGAAGCAGGCCAGAAGGCGGUCGAGAAGGCUUGA